GCAGCUCGCACGGCGGUCCCCUUAUUUGGAUCUGCGGGAAUGUGGGCUGGAGCGGUCCUGCCGCGGUACCAGCCUCCAGCCUGUCGCCGGGACUGCCCCUGACCCAGGCGCGCCCGCUGCUCGGUGGCAGAAGGGCCGGCGGAGCGCCAUGGCCUGCAUCCUGAAGAGAAAGUCUAUGAUUGCAGUGAGCUUCAUAGCAGCGUUCCUCUUCCUGCUGGUUGUGCGCCUUGUAAACGAAGUGAAUUUCCCACUGCUGCUAAACUGCUUUGGACAGCCUGGCACAAAAUGGAUACCGUUCUCCUACACAUAUAGGCGGCCCCUUCGAACUCACUAUGGAUACAUAAAUGUGAGGACACAAGAGCCUCUGCAGCUGGACUGUGACCUUUGCGCCAUAGUGUCAAACUCAGGUCAGAUGGUUGGCCAGAAGGUGGGGAAUGAGAUAGAUCAGUCGUCCUGCAUCUGGAGAAUGAACAAUGCCCCCACCAAGGGCUAUGAAGAAGAUGUUGGCCGCAUGACAAUGAUUCGAGUCGUGUCCCAUACCAGCGUUCCUCUUUUGCUAAAAAACCCUGAUUAUUUUUUCAAGGAAGCAAAUGCUACUAUUUAUGUCAUUUGGGGCCCUUUCCGCAAUAUGAGGAAAGACGGCAAUGGCAUCGUUUACAACAUGCUGAAAAAGACUGUUGACAUCUACCCGAAUGCCCAAAUUUACGUGACCACCGAGAAGCGCAUGAGUUACUGUGAUGGCGUUUUUAAGAAGGAAACUGGGAAAGACAGAGUCCAGUCUGGCUCUUAUCUCAGCACGGGGUGGUUUACCUUCAUUCUGGCCAUGGAUGCCUGUUACGGCAUUCACGUCUACGGGAUGAUAAAUGACACCUACUGCAAGACAGAAGGAUAUAGAAAAGUCCCCUAUCAUUACUAUGAACAAGGAAGAGAUGAGUGUGAUGAAUAUUUUCUUCAUGAACAUGCUCCAUAUGGGGGGCAUAGGUUUAUCACUGAAAAGAAAGUGUUUGCUAAAUGGGCCAAGAAACACAGGAUAAUAUUCACACACCCAAACUGGACAGUGUCUUGAUGUUAGUUUUUUCUGAUCUUGCCACAACACUUGACAUGAUCAUAAUACCACAACUGUGAUGCUCAUGAUGCUGAUGAUGGUGACGAUAAAGACAAAAACACUGACCAAGUUUCUGUACAUUCUCCGAUACGGAUGGUGACUCUGCCAGUAAUUUGAACUUGGGAUUUCAUGGAGGGUGGAUGUGCUCUUUACACUCUUUCUGAAGGUUCAACAUUACAUAUACCGCACUUUAUAAUUUAACUGGAAUUUAAAUGAAGGCCAGUAACAUGACAGCAGUGACCUAAGACAUGGGAAGAUUAUCCUUCAAGAUAGCUGCCCAGAAUUCUUGAACAGUGAGUAACUUUCAAAAGCCAUGGGAUUUGGCCUCGUGAGGCAAAGUUAUUGACUCUCUGGUCUCUUGAACUUGAGCAGUUCCACCAUCUUGAAGAAUGGUUGAUUGUCAAACACUGACCCAAGAAAUGCUAUCUGGGUACAAGUAUCGUACCGCAGUUACUAGUUAGCCUAGAGGCAGAGAAGGAAUCUCUUCCUGACAGACCCUGGUCCUACAGUACCUCCUAUAGCUAAAGCCUCAGGCCAUUGCCUAAUUAACAAUGAAGAUAUCACAGACAUCCUACCCAUCAGGAUUCUUCAACAAUUCAAACACUUAAUUCAAAAUGGGCCAACUAGCAAAUCUUGAGGAAUUUUCACUCUCACCACUCCAUCCUCACUACCCCAAACAAUAUAACUAAACAUGUCACUAGAGUGAUCUCUAUUACUGCUUAGUUAUUUUUGGUCGAGUCCUAAAUAUUUCAGAAAGCUAUUUAAUAUGUAAGAUACCAACACUGUAAUAACAUAUACUGUGAAAGCGUUCUUUAAACAUAACCAAAAGGGUUUGCUAAUUGUGCUUCAACAUCCAACAACACAAAAAUAUAUGCUUUUUAAAAUCAUGAAACAAGGAAAGCAAAGCAUAUUUUUACAUCACUUUGUAUCCUACCAUACUUCAUAAUAUAUAUUUGUAUAUUCAGAUUUCUACUUUAUAGGCUCAGCUGCAUCUCUCCAUACAUUACAUUAUCGUUGCCAAGUGCCAACCACUAGACAUGGAGAGGAAAUGAUUCCUUGUAUUCAAUCUGACCAGAGCUUUUGCCUUCUUGGGGUUCAUUUUCCCCACAGUGUAUCAGUUGUUAUACCAGAAUAACAACACUAAUAAUGACCUUAAUGUCCAAAGUGCUUUAUCAUUUAAAGUCCUUAUACAUAUGCUGUCCUAUGUGAUGCCUGUGACCACCCCACUGGGCUAUUGCCUGCACAUUCUGACGUCUCCUUAGCAGAUGAUCUGCAAUUUGUUCAUUGCUUUGAUAUAUUCCAGAUCUUUCCCUCUGCUAAUAUUUGUAUAGAAUAGCAUUUAUGUAGACUAGUAACCAAUUGAUUUCAGUGCCAAAUAAAUAUAUCAGGAUUUUGCAAAAAGUAUCACAAGGAUCGUCCUGGCCAUAGACUAGGACUCCUGUGAAUGUAGGUACUUUUGAAUUUUUUUUUUUUAAUGACUUUUUAGGUAGAGAAAAAUGAGGAAGCAGGGACAACAGGAGGGAAUGAAUGCAGAGAAAUACAGUUUCCUGUCCCAUCUUGAGAUGACAUUGUUCUCCAUACACUCAUUGCUCAUUAAAUAUGUGAGGCUUGAUUUGCUGAGAGAGUGGCCGAGAGACCAAAAAUAUCCUUGCAAAUGAUUCAAAAGACACAGCCGAGCUUAAUUGACAGAACGAUUUGAAGGAUGAAAGUGAUGACGCAUUUCACGUGAGCAGCCUUCUGGAGGUCUUUACCAGUGCUGGGUCCCAUGAUAAGUUCUCAUUAAAUGGGGCCAUCUUGGGCAAAAGCCUCUUUGCUGCUCUCUGCUUGCCAUUUGGUUAACACCAAUACUCAGAGCCAAGAAAAUGGCCAAACGCCACUUCCAUCAACACUCCUGUUUUUUCCUCGUGUGCUUUUCAGUUCUAUGUAUGUCAGGUUUUGUUGAGCGGACGAUGGAUGGAAAUGCCCACUCAAAGAAAAAUAAACAGAUGCAAAUGUUAAAAUUGUAAUACAGAUGGUUUUCCCCCCUGUUUUGACACAGAAGUUCCACUUUUAAAUAAAAAGGAACACUUGAUUAUCAGAAUGCUUCAGGGAAUGCCAUAAUUUAUUUUGUUUUCUGGUAAAUGGAGGGUUAAAUCGAUUUGUUUUAGUCCUUACUAAUAAGACACUUUGCCCCCUUCCUGGCUCCCCUGCCUCUCCAUGAAAGAGACUUUGCCAUACCCACACGUACCCUGCUGUGGGAGGUGUGUGUAGAAAAGUCAGUGUUUCCUCUGGAAGGGUGAGGGGGGGCCUCCCCUCUCCUCUCUUCCUUCCUCUCCCUUCCCCCCCUUUUUUCCUUAACUGAACCCCAACCCCACUUUCUAUUGUUGUUGUCUCUUGCCUCCUUUUCUCUAAAAGUGGGAAACAAAAAAAACAGUAUUCUUAAUUUAGAAACCUAAUUAGAUGAUUUCCAGUGUAAUCAGCAUUUUGAUAGAAUCACGUAACUUAUUUUUCUCUGCAGUCUUAGUGUUCCCUGCUUCCAUUUCCUGUUCCUCUUUACCCUCAGCUUCCCAAUUCUAGUGGGAAUACAAAGUGUAAUUUCUCCCAUAUUGAGAAAUUUGUCAUCUAAGAUUUACGGAUAGAGAAGAGAAUGACAAAGGAGCAAUUCAGACUUGUCACACAAGUUUCUGGCCAAUUUCACUGGUUCUAGCCAACUGAAAGAUUUCAUCCAGCAGCUAAACUUUGAAGAAUUCAACCAAACUCACUCAUCACUGAUGUAUAUGUAUUCCAGAAGUUAAUUAACAUCUGUAAAAAAACAAACAUAUUCCAAUUCCAUCCAAGGCUCUAGGCAAAUGGACUAUUGAAAAUGGCCACAAUUUGCUGAAAUCAGCGUUAAAAACAUGCAAGCUAGAAAUAAUAGAGUAAAUAUUAUUUUUAAUUCUGCAGAAUUUUAGAAAAAAAGCAAGGAAAUUUAAAAAGAGUUUUAAAAUGAAUGUUUGAGUCCUUUCUAAGUUAGCCUCAUGACUAAGUAGUAAUGAUUUAUAUUGUUAUGAUGGUAAUGUGAAUUAGAAAACUUCUAGACUAUAUCUUACCUUGCUAUGAAGCCUAUCGAAGAAAAACCAAUUUGGAAGGAUGUUUGUAUAUAUGCACAUAGAGUUAGUGUGUGUGUGUGUGUGUGUGUGUCUAAAAUCAUACCUGUAAUCCUAUAUUUUUCAGUGAUGUGUAUGAAUCACAGAAAACCUGUUUUAGACUUCAAUGAAAUUUGUUGGUUUACAUUUUGAAUCCUGAUGAAAAAAUAAAGCAAAAAUCCAAAUUAAACAUACUGAUUGUAAAGAGUACAUAGAUAAUAUUCAAUGGCUGGCCCAUAGAAUAAAGCUGGAGAAGCAGCUCUAUCUAGAACUGUGAACACAGUCAGGUGCCGCACUUGUCACAGAUCAGAACUCUAAGGAUAGCAAUCUCUGUUGUAGGCUCUGACGAUCGCAGUUCAGCUAGUCACACUAAAAAACACUACAUCAAGCUGCAUUCACACUGAAGUGAAUGAACAUUGGUCCCCUUAUUCAAAUAAGCCUGUCUUUGACAUAAGCAAAACUCAGAUUUGCAUGGUUUUUAUUAUAUGGCUAGAGAACUGUGACCAUUGUGAAAAGAGAAAAGUGUAUAAGGAGAUUACACUUUGAGGAUUUGAAAUGAAUCAGCUGUUGUGGGAGCAAGUCUGAAUUGGGGACUUUGCUGACCUUUCCAGAAGUAUAAAGCCAUCAGAAGAGAAUC